CAUAGACGAUACAGAAAUUCGCAUCAUUCGUUCCGUUUCAUCCAUUUCAUUUUAUCAGCGAGCGAAUUUCCAUGAAGGAAAGAAUUGGAUGAGAUUUUUUUUGACGUCACCUGUGUGAAUGAAGUGCGAUACAAAUCGGUGUGAACUUGAAGUGACGGAAUGUUUUACAGUAGUCUUACGUUUUGAACCUUUUUGAUUGACAACCGUACUUGGAACAACAAUGACGGAAGAGAAAGCUCCGACGCAAGAAUACAAGCUCGAACCUGACUGUGAGCUACGGUUCGAACUUGAACAAAAGAAUGAAAAAGUUACUUUAGAGCUGAAGAGCGGUCUUGCCGAAGUGUUUGGCACAGAACUAGUUAAAGGAAAAAAAUACGAAUUCACUGCUGGUGCAAAGCUCGCAGUGUUCACAUGGCAAGGAUGCGUUUUAGAACUGGUGGGAAAGACAGAUGUGAUAUAUGUAGCCAAAGAGACGCCAAUGGGCGUUUACCUCAACUGCCAUGCGGCGAUGGAGCGAAUGCGUGAAACAGCAGAAAAAGAAGAUACAGUUGGACCUAUAACAAUGGUUGUAGGGCCCGGAGAUGUGGGGAAAUCCACUUUCUGCAGACUGUUGCUAAAUUAUGCAGUUCGAAUGGGGCGAAGACCAGUUUUUGUUGAUCUUGAUGUCGGUCAAGGAGACAUAGCAAUACCUGGAACAGUUGGAGCUUUAUUAGUAGAAAGACCGGCGAACAUUGUCGAAGGAUUCAGUCAACAAGCCCCGCUUGUCUUUCACUUUGGCCACUCCAGUCCGAGCGCAAACACUGCACUGUACAAUCUCUUAGUUUCACGAUUGGCUGAAGUCUGUUCAGAUAGACUUCAAGCCAAUAAGAAAGCUAAGGCCUCAGGAAUCGUUAUAAACACUUGCGGCUGGAUCAAGGGUGCCGGUUAUAAACUACUGACUCAUGCUGCGCAGGCUUUUGAAGUUGACGCGAUUUUAGUGCUCGAUCAAGAGCGUCUCUAUAAUGAACUAGUCAGAGAUAUGCCAGACUUUGUGAAGGUCGUUUUCCUCCCAAAAAGCGGUGGCGUUGUUGAGAGGAGUAAAUCUUUAAGGACCGAAUCACGGGAUAAAAGAGUUCGCGAGUAUUUCUACGGCUUUAGAACUCCACUCUACCCUCACAGCUUUGAAGUCAAAUGGAGCGAAGCGAGGCUCUACAAGGUGGGAGCUCCGAUGCUGCCAGCGUCAUGUAUGCCUCUAGGAAUGAAAGCGGAAGAUAAUUUGACAAAACUUGUAGCUGUUACCCCAGGCCCAAGUUUGCUCCAUCACUUACUCUCAGUCUCGUUUGCUGAUUCCCCUGAAGAUGACGUUGUACAGACCAAUGUGGCAGGCUUUGUAUGCGUAACUAACGUCGAUGUCGAGAGGCAAACUUUUAUGGUCUUAAGUCCACAACCAAGGCCUCUACCAAACACCGUCCUCCUUCUGUCGGAUAUCCAAUUUAUGGAUAGCCAUUAGCUUUUAGAUUAAGGGAAUUUUACACAUGCGUAAACGCAACUCAACACUUUUUCCAUAUAAAAAUAUGUAUAUUUUUUUAGGUGACAAUACAAAUAAAUUUUAAGAUGUUUGAAACUUAUGUUAUGCAAAUGAUUAUAUUGUUUACCUCAGUCCUAAAAUCAUUAGGAUAAUACAACUUGGUUUAUGGAUGAACAUGAUCAGAACUAAAUAAUCGCUAUUUAGUGAUGCUACUAAUCGUGAGCAGUGAUUGAUUCAUAUUAAUCAGUUGCAUUCGGUAUUUUUAAGGCACCAUGCUCAAUCUUUGGGUGAAAACUCAAGCAAGUGAGUAUUAAUCGCUCAGGAUAUACCCCGAGCAAAUACUACAGACAGCAGCCUCUGAUUGCAACUCAGAGCUUCUUGAAAAGCUCACUUU